AUGCCAGCAUUCCUCGCGCCUCACAAGUCGGGCGUGCAUCGUGUGACAGCAAUCGCUCUGUACCGCGCUCUCUUGACAAGAUGUCGAGCUGCACCACCACCCCUUAGACCUUCCAUCUUGCAGGCUGUCGUCAAGAGUAGUUUUGUAAAGAACAAGCAUGUGACGAGUCAGCAUGUCUUGCGAACUGCUUUUGCUGGUGGUUAUGAAGCACUGAACCACCUCGAUGCUGCCAUCGCCGGCGACAAAACCAGCAUCUCCCACCUCAAAAGCCUCCUUUCGCGCCUACCUGCAAAACUCAAGACCACCAGCCCACGCAAACCAGCCCCAAUCCCAGCUGCAAAACCCACUGCAACUCAAGGAACAGCACUAUCGCUUCGACCUCGUCCAGCCUUCUCUCUACCUUCUCGCCGCCGCAUCCCCGUCCUCGUCUCAGCCAACAAAAUCCCCAUCCUCCGCUUUACAAAACCUCAACCCGCUGCUCUAUCUCACUAUCUAAAAUCCCGCCUCGUCGAUCGUCAAAAACGACAAGACCGCAAAAUGGCUCUAGAAGCACAGAUGGAAAUUGCAAGAGGUGAAGAUGAUUGGGAUCGUAUUUUGCUGGCACAAGGAAUAGCAGACCAAGGUGGGAAUGUCAAGAGAGGGAAGGUCUUGUGGACGAAAGAGGUUUAUGAUUCUUUGGGGUAUACGAUGAAUGCUAUUGAAGCUGAGGGGACGAAGAAUAGGGAGAUGGCGGAGAAGAUGGUUGCUAUUAUUGAUAAAGAGAGGGAAUUGGCUGAGAUUGAG